AUGAUUAACUAAUAGAACUUAUUGGAAAAUCUUACUUUUAGUAGAAAGAAUAUAUAGAAUAAAUACCAAAUGAUGAUAUUAUUUGAUGAUUUAAUAACUUUGUUAGACUUAAAAAAAAUAAACUAAUUUUUAGGAAAUCAAAAAUAUUAUAGAAGACAAUAUAGAGAAUCUAUGAUAAAGGGAAUAAAUUUAAUAUUUAUAAUUAUGUACAGAUAAAUUACUUUUGGAGAAUUCAAAUGA